CGCUUUUAUCGGAUUCCAUGAGGAAGCGGUUCAUCUAACGGUUCGGUGACGUCAGCGGCCUGAUUUGCAUAUCGCGCAGGAUAUAUAGCGCGCUUCUGCGCUUGUCUCUCACACUGCUGCGACUCGAGACUCAAAUCACUGCACGGAACGACUACUCUGACCUACUGCCAUCAUGUCUGACAAACCCAAUCUCGAAGAGGUCCACAGCUUUGACAAGACCAAGCUGAAGAAGACCGAAACCCAGGAGAAAAAUCCUUUGCCAUCGAAAGAAACCAUCGAACAGGAGAAACAGGCGGGCUCCUCGUGAAGCUCGCUCGCGACUCCUCUAUGCACUGUACAUUCCACAUUGCCUUCUUUUUCACCUCUUUUUGCUGUUUAACUUUUUCCGGAUAAAAAUAUGACCUAAGUUGCAUUGUGAUUGGACAACCAAAAAAAAUGCAGACGACCGUAGAGCCCUUUGUUUCUCCUCUUUUUGUAAACCACACCACUGAAAUUCUGAUGAAGUUCGUUGAUCCGGAGGAGGAGGAGGAGGAGGGAGGCAUGAAGCUGAGUUUCACUUCUGAAUUCGCUUCGGAGUGGCGAGGGGGCGGGGCACGGAGUUUGAGUGACAAGUAACAGAGACUCGCUUUUGUAACAUCUUUUGUGACCUCGGUUGACUUGCUCAAAUGCUUUAAAGUCAUGCAGUUUUUAUUUUGUAUGUCGACAUCUUGGAAUGCACAACUUUUGUUUUGUAAUGCAAAUAAAAAUCUGUGAUAUUCA